AUGGCGCAGGCGGAGGCUCUGAGAGGAAGAGGAGACGGUCCAGGGUCUUCGCUCCCGGCGAUCGUCACCAGUGACCCCUCGGGUUCAAUCAACGACCACAACUUCGCCGACGAAUCCAGUCCGCUCACUCCCGUGCAGUCUGGACUCCCGCGAUCCUCUCGGUCUUUUCCAAUUGGAUCCGCAGCGUCCGAUCUUGCUUCUGGUUCGAGUGGAAAUUUGCAUGAUGCGAGAAGAAACUCGCGCCCAGCGCCAGCAUAUGGCUCUGGCUCCAAUCUUGCUGGCAGGAAUUCUACAUCCUCCCCAACCGUCUUCGAGAGCGCCGACUCCAGUGCGAUCGACCCGUUGUCCCAGCACAUUAUCAAACGCACCAAUACUCAAAAAUCAAUCCCCCUCAAGCUACUUGGAAGGGCACCUUACGAGGCUGAAGCUGGCGGGCUAGACAAGUAUAGCCCAGUCGACCAGGGUCCGAACCGCGCUGAUCAAGCGCCUCAAAAGCCCGUUAAAGAAAAGAAAAAAGGUGUUUCCUUUUUGAGUCGUAUCAUCCCUGGCAAAAAGAAAGAGACAUUCUCCGAUGAAGAGGAUAAUGUAUCUGAAAUGGGUAAUGCCCGCACCGAUGUUUCUGCCACUGCGCAACCGAUAGGCUUCGUUCCCAGGUUUCCACCGCCCCCAAAGUAUGCUCGAGUUAAGGCGCAUUAUAAAAAGGAAAGAACAUUCAAUCGGCUAUUCCAAGCCCAGGAAUUAGAAGGCCUUGAUAGCCCCGCCCCAGCCAACGAAGAUGAGCGCCCCGGAACUGCGGGUACGCAAAGCAGCAAAACUACCGGGAAAGCUAUAUGGGCCUUGAUGUUCUCGAAGGAUGGCAAAUAUCUCGCAGCUGCGGGCCAGGACCGAAAAGUUCGAGUCUGGGCAGUUAUUGCCUCGCCAGAAGACAGAGAAUCGAGUGAAUCCGAAGGCGAGGACGACGAACGGCUAAAAGCACCAGUUUUCAAGCAGACGCCGGUCCAGGUGUACGAUAACCAUGCCGGUAGUAUCCUGGAUUUGAGCUGGAGCAAGAACAACUUCCUACUCUCCUCGUCUAUGGACAAAACUGUCCGGUUGUGGCAUGUAUCCCGGCCGGAAUGUCUGUGUUGCUUCAAGCACAGCGAUUUCGUGACGUCAAUCCAAUUUCAUCCACGCGAUGAUCGUUUCUUCCUUGCAGGAUCUCUCGACAUGAAGCUUCGUCUGUGGAGUAUCCCGGACAAGAGUGUGGCUUUUACUGUGACUGUGCCCGACAUGAUCACAUCAGUCUCAUUCACACCAGAUGGACGAUACUCAAUGGCAGGAUGUCUGAACGGAUUGUUAAAUAUAUACGAAACUGAUGGAUUAAAACCCGCGGGGAACAUCCAUGUGCGCUCCGCACGGGGCCGCAAUGCCAAGGGCAGUAAGAUCACCGGAAUCGAUUCGAUGGUUUUGCCACGCGAUGACCCGGAAGGCGCCGUGAAGCUUCUCAUAACGAGUAACGAUUCUCGCAUUCGUCUGUAUGAUUUCCGUGACCGGACCUUGGAAGCUAAAUUUCGUGGCAACGAGAACACUUGCAGUCAGAUCCGGGCCACCUUCAGUGACGAUGGGAAGCAUGUAAUAUGUGGCAGCGAGGAUCGUAGAGCCUAUGUUUGGCCUACGGGACCUGUUGAAAAAGAUGCCGACAAGCGAGCCUUCGAAGUUCUUGAUACUCAGUCAGCAAUGGUUACAGCGGCAGUAAUGGCACCGAACUCGACGAAGCAAGUUCUGGGGUUUUCAGAGGAUCCAAUAUACGAUCUUUGCAAUCCGCCGCCGGUAAGCCUCGAGAGCAAAAGCAAUAAAGAAAAUGGUCGACAAAGCCGCAUCUCAACGGCCAGUAAGCUGGCCCAAGAAUCACCAGGUUUCCGUUCGCGCUCAACGCACCCCGACGGAAAUAUCAUCAUCGCGGCCGAUUAUUCGGGAAAGAUAAAAAUCUUCCGGCAGGACUGCGCGCAUAACAAACGCAGAUACGAUAGCUGGGAUACCCACUCGACGAUCUCCCGCCGGCUCCUACGCCGGACCAACUCCGCGCGACAGAGCAUUGCCUCAUCUAUCGGCAAGGAGUCUUCGCACAAGACGCCUUCAGAACGGAUCAUUUCGUGGCGUAAUUCUGUCAUCGGGCAUGACAACACAAAUAAUAAAGGCCACCGAUCACCCAGAACCCGAAGCACAUCACCACAAAAGCCCGUACAAGGCUUGUCACGAACUUCUAGCCCAGGGCGAGGAUCAUCAGGCGCUCGAGGUGAAUCACGCUCAGGAUUUACCACAUCUCCACCACCGUCAGCAUACAAGUCUUCAUUUGACAGCCCGCGAGCGAGCUUUGCCGAGAGGCGCAAGCGCAACGUGGAGAAACCGGAACAGGACGACCCUCAUCGACGCUCUAUCCCACAGUCAGCGGCCGCGAUUAUCAACAAGGGAAACAAUAAGGAUAAUCCACUCUGGCUACAAGGUGACCAGAGUUAUUCCUUCUACAACAGGAUCACUCAAGACGCGCUGGCCGUACACCGGAACUCCCCUGGUCUCCUGGACCCAAGUCCAAAGCCCAACGGGGAGCGAAGGUCCACUCGAGGAAGCAUACUAAGCAGCGAAUAUGGGUCGUCCAACCCCUCCGAUAACGAGAACGAGAACGAUGUUCUUAGAUGCGAGGGCUGCUGGGGGACGAACUUCAAAGCAACCAGGGGUCGAAACGGCAAGCAACGCUUGAUAUGUGUGCGGUGUUCUCGACCACUCCCCACAUCCCUUGAAGAGUAA